AUGCCUCCCGCCUCACCGGAACAGGUGUCUGCGAACCUCACCCUGAAGGAUGCCCAAGUCAUCUUUCAGGUGAUUGGCCAGAUCUCGGCUGAUGAAGACAAUGCCACUUUGGACGGGAUUCAUGAUGGUCCCAAUGCUGAGGAAUCUCGAUUAGCGGCAUCGUGCUGGAUAGAAGCCCGACCGGACUUUAUUUCGUGCAUUCAGUGGAACAGGAUCCCGACAGCUGUUGCUGCGGUGGCGGCUGCAGUCCCGGGUCCUGGUCCUGUAGAGGUCUCAUCAAUGCUUCGCGCCGACCCUGAGACCGGAAAGGUCAAGUUGAAAGUCCACUGGAACCAGGCUGCUAAUCCUGCGAUUCCCAUGUUUGACUGUGCUGGGAACUUGGUGCAGGUCGAGACGGCAGAGUUGCAUGGUCGGCCGCUGCGGGUCCUGUUCUGGAUCCACUGUGGUGAAUAUAACAGCAGGCGUGUUUUGCUUGCAGAGCUUAUUUAUUUGGUCGAUAUUUGA